AUGAGUGGGAUCAGACGCAUUCUAUUCAAGCCCUGGAGACCGGUUUGGGAAACCUUGAAGAGAAAAGUUGCAGAAAUGGAGAAGUCAAGGAGGAAGAGAAGGGAUCCUAAUAAGGACCAUUUUUUUGUCGAAACUCCAGAAUCGAAGGCUUUUCUCGACACAAUGACCAUGCCCAUGGUUCUGACUGUUGUCGCUUGCGCUUUGUUCGCCAAGGUUCUCAUGAUGUAUGAUGAAUCUACAUCCCUAGAAAGAAUUGAGCGCAAAAUACAGAAUGCUCCACCUGGUCAAGGGACAGUUAGGAUGCUCAGUUGUGAAGAAUUGGAGGAGAUCCAAGAAGUGAGGCCAAAGACUCCCUUUGAAUCCAAGCUUGCUCGCCCAAUUGCACGCAUUAGAACUGCUGAACCGUUGCAUAGGGAUGAUGUCAAGGAUUGGACCAUCGAUGUGUUUACAUAUGCACUCACCAGGGUUGAAGAAACUUUAAGGGGCACAAAGUGACUUUGGUCAAUUAUCUUGUUG